CGCACCCGCACCCUCACUCCAGGACAAAGAGCCAGGCUCCAUUGAGCACAAUGAAUUGCCCGUCACGAACAGACCCCGAACUCCCAGAUGGCUGGAACCAGAACCCGAAUCCACUGGCCGCUGACACCACCACACGAAGCGAUUUAGGCAAGCUGGCCAGCGCCCGCGUGCAGCACGACCACAAGCUCAAAUCCCAAGAGGGAGCCGGCGUCGAAUUGAGAGCAGUGGGUGGACCCAGCGAAAUCGAAGAGGAAGGAAAGUCAGUUCGCGCUCGCGAUGGGGUAUCGUCCUCCAUCGCCUAUCCUGGGUUUGGAGAGCAAAUGCUGGAAGACACGAUUGGCGCACGACGCCGUGAUUCUCGCACUCCAAACCCUCAGCUGCCACGCUGGCAGCAACCUCUCGACAGAGCCCGCCGUGGUAUCUGGCGAUACAUGAAGUUCAUCGGUCCGGGCUUCAUGAUUGCAGUGGCAUACAUCGAUCCUGGAAACUAUGCAACCGAUGCUGCAGCUGGAGCGACUUACCGCUUCAAGUUGCUUUUCAUGGUCCUCCUCUCGAACAUUUUCGCUAUUUUUCUGCAGUCUUUGUGCAUCAGGAUGAGCACAGUCACCGGUCUCGACCUGGCUGAAAUGAACAAGGAGCAUUGUCCACGCUGGUUGAACUACCUUCUUUACUUCUUCGGAGAAGCAGCUGUUAUUGCUACAGACAUUGCUGAAGUGAUUGGCUUCGCAAUCGCCCUCAACUUGCUUGCACCUAAGCUCCCAGUCGUAGCAGGAUGUGCUAUUUCCAUCCUGGACGUCAUGUUCAUCCUGCUCUUCUACCAACCAGAAGGCUCAAUGCGCGCCUUGCGAGCCUUCGAAUGCUUUGUCAUGUUUCUGGUGCUCGGAGUCGUAAUAUGCUUCUGCUAUCAAUUGUCGUUGGUCAAAGGCGCUACUCCGGGCGAAGUGUUCAAGGGAUACCUGCCGUCUAGUGCAAUUGUUCAAGGACAGGGUCUGUACCAAGCCUGUGGCAUUCUCGGGGCGACAGUCAUGCCACAUUCACUCUACCUAGGAAGCGGCUUGGUGCAACCUCGAUUGAAAGACUUCGACAAGAAGCACGACACCUACAGGACAUCUCUCAUCGUCGAACAGCAUGCCGAUGGACCAGCUGCGCAAAAGUACCGCCCAUCCAUGGCAGCUAUCAAGGGCUGCAUGAAGUACUCCAUCAUCGAGCUUGCCAUCUCGCUCUUCACCUUCGCGCUGUUCGUGAACAGUGCCAUUCUGAUUGUCUGUGGUGCGUCGCUCUACUCUGUGGAUGGUGCCCAGAACGCAGAUCUCUUCGGAAUUUACAAUCUCCUGAAUCAGCAGAUCGGUCACGCUGCUGCGACCGUGUUCGCUGUUGCGCUCCUGCUUUCAGGCUGCUCGGCAGGUAUUGUCUGCACCAUGGCAGGGCAAAUGAUUAGCGAAGGCCAACUCAACUGGAAGCUCAAGCCUUGGGUUACGCGACUGUUGACCCGCUCCAUAUCGAUUGUGCCGGCCAUCCUCGUUGCAGGCACGAUCGGGAAGAAAGGUCUCUCGGAAGCUCUGGUUGGAUCACAAGUGGCAUUGAGUGUCAUCCUGCCGUUUGUGACCGCGCCGCUCAUCUACUACACUUGCCGCAAUAAGUACAUGUGGGUGUAUAGUGAUGUGGUGGAGCGCAAUGCAGAUGAAGAGGAACGAGCGCAGCCCAGAAUCGUUCACAUGAAGAACCAUUGGCUGGUCAUGGUUCUGGCAAUCAUUAUCUGGUUGAUCAUUGUUAUUAUGAACGUGGCCAACAUCGUGCUAACGGGCUUGGGAGUCAACUAAGGAUGUACCAAUGAUGACGGCGCUCCAAAGGCGCGGUAUACUCAUUUCUACUCGCUCAAAUGUAGCUAUCAGACUGGAAAGCGCUUCGCCUGCUCCAUCGGCAGGCAUUCUGUUCAGACAAACAAAAUGGAAAGCUCCAAUAACCCG